AUGGAUUCACCAAAAAAACUUAUCGAGAAUUGUCCUCCAGGUAGUCCAUUACAUCAAGUUUCUCCUGAACGUGUGAAUCAACAAAGACAAUGGGAUUUACCUACAUCUCCUACCGGUGAAAAUGGCUCGAAAGCUAGCAAACAUUCAAGAGAUAGUUCAGUCAAUGAUAAGAUUGCUCAGUUUAACUCGUUGGCUUAUCAGGGCAAGCAACUGGAAAGAAAGACAAAUGAUGCUGCUUUGAAGCGCGCCAUGGUGGGGAGAGAGGAAGCAGAGAGUGAGAUGCGCCGAUAUAGGGAUGAAGCUAGAAUAUUACGAAGGCAGGUUGAGGAAGGAAAGGAACGGGAAAGAAAGGUGGGAGAGAGAUUGGAAAGUGUUAUGGUAUGUUGCCAAUAUGCGCAUCCUUUCGAAUUUUUAGUAACCCUUCAUCCUACAGGAAAAUUACGGACGAGCCAAAGAAACCCAUUCACACACACAAGCAUUAUGGGAAAAAGAAAUUCGAAAAGCUCGAAAAGAAGGUUUCAAAUCACAAUCUGUCGUUGUCAAGAUACAAGAAGAACUCAAAUCCUCGAGAGAUACAUUAAGAAUGGUUCAAGGUGGUUUAGAGCAGGAAAGGAGUCGAAGUGUAAAGAGAGAACAAGAAGCAUUUUCUGCAAAGUAUCAACUUGCUACAGUGCAAGAAGAAUUGACACGAUUACAAGAAAAGAUUAAGUUGGUGGAACAGGAAAGAGACGCAUUCAAGAUGAUUGCUAAGAAUGAAGAAAUCGCCAGAAUUGCAGCAGAAGGACGAAUACCAUUACCACAAUCCACCAAGGACGAAUUUACAUCACCAAAGAAGAUUAGAAGAUCAAUAGAUUCUCUUACAAUUUCACCAUCUGGAGCUGGUCAGGAAGAACUUGAUGAACUUAGAUUGAAGUUGGAAUGGGAAAUUCAAAGAGCAAACAGAGCCCUUGAUCAAGUCGAGUUUUUGGAAAUGGAAUCUAGCAUACAUGUAUGCGAACCAAAGUCCAACAAAAGAAAGUCAACAGAUAAUCAAGAACUUAAUGAUGAUCCAACAAGACAAGCCAAAGCUCCAAGAACUGUUUUUAUACCUUCCGAAGGGAUUUUUAAAUCAGUACCUGAGGAGUCUUUCUCAACAUCUAUGGAAAAUUCUCACUCCGAAACUCAUAUGUAUCUUCGACAACCAUUGAAUCAUUCUAACAACUCACAAAGAGAAGUAACGCCAUCUCACGAUCCACCAGCUGCGGCUCUCAUUUCUGAUAGCAAUACCUCCCUUCUCUCAAUCUUCGAUGAAGUAGCAAGUCCAAAAACUACCAGGUCACUUCAAAGCCCUAUCAACAUUCCAGAAGUUGACGCAGAAGACGCUGAAGAUUUAAACAAUUCCACUUCGACCACAAUCCACCACCCUCAAGCUCAUCAGGAUCACCAUCAUCACCACGAACCAACUUUCCACACAAUCUCAACUACAACCCGCGUCCCACUUGCCGAUCCCUCCGAAAAUCAAACAUUCCCCAUAACUCCAAGCACCCCAACCUCUGGCACGCUUCCAAACAAUACAAAUGACCCAGCACUAAACCCAACAAUGUCAAGAGAAGAAGCUCUAGCAAUGAUUCGUGAAAGAAGAGGUAGAGCAAGAAGUUUAGCAAACGGCACUAUGACACCUAAGAAACAAAUGGUGGAGGGUGGAACUAGAAGGGAUAUUAGUGCGCCAGCUAGUACUGUUACUCCUGCAAGGGGGAGAAGUCAUGGAAGAUAAUGAAGAGGUUUCCCUUGGGAUUUGAAGUAGAAGGAGAUGUUUAUAUUCUGGUGGGUAUACUAAGGAUGGCUGAGGUGAUUAAAAUUCUUGUAAUAAUGGGAUAGGGUAGGAGGACAGUACAAUGGAUGGAGCUCGAAACAAGGGAGUUGGAGUUCAAAUAGUUAUAUCCAUCCGACCACUUAGCACCGGCUUUGUCAUCUUGAUUCUUGUCUUUGGAAAGGAAAUGGCAGGAAUUUGGGAUUUUAAGGGUUGCUUUUGGGUUGGAUGGUUUGCGUGAUUGGUUAUGAUUUAUGAACUGGGAUUGGGUUUAUUCUAUUCACUUGGAUGGAUUUGGAUGAAUGGUUUAUUUGGGAGGAAGAGGACGUGGUUUGAAGGGUGGUUUGGAGGAUGGUUGGGUGGAUGGUUGGAAAAAGGAAGAGAAUACCAAUGACAAGGCAGGGCGGGGCAGUGUAGUUAGUGUUUGUGAUUAGGAUAUACAGAAUAUAAGACU